GAGGCCUAAUUUUAGCCUGUGAAUGGAGCUGUGCUGAAGCCGAGUUCUCUGUCCCCGUGAAGGGUACAGCAUCAGGUUGUGCUGGGAGGAUUCUGCUGCAUGGCUCUCUGAAUGCCUCCAUCACCGGCUUAGAUUGCGGCACAGGGUGAUCUGGGCCAGCGGACCAUGUCGGGUGCACCGCACUGCUGGCUUCAGCGGGUGAUCCGGUUGUCAGAAAUCCGCCUGGCCCCGUCCGGUAAGCCAUGGAGAGCUUCGAGUACAGCAUCCAGCUGAGCGACAGGGACUGGGCCGAGUUCUACGCGGCCGCGGAGGAGUGCAGCCUGAGGCCGGCCGCCCUGGCCGCGGCGGAGGAGCCGCGCCCCGGCGACCUUGAAGGAGGGGACGGCGCGCCGGCGAGGGGGCGCCGAGCCAGCGCCGACGGGCGGGCCGCGGCCAGGCCGGGCGGCGGGCCAGGGCCUGGCUCGGGAAGCUCUGCCCCACGUGGGGGCCCCGCAGACGCCUCCCCGCGCCGGCCCGCCGGCGGGCACCUCGCCCCGCCGGAGGGGCUCUCGGGCGGCGCGGACGGGACGGAGCCCGGCUCGGCCGGCAGGCUUCGGCGCGAGAGCGACGAGCGCCGGCAGCCGCCCCGCGCCCCCGCCGCCGGCCUCGCCGCGGGCCGGGAGGCGGCAGCGCCGGAGGAAGGAGCGGCGGGCGCGGAGCCCCCCGCCGCGGCGGGCGGCGGCGCGGGAGGGGAGGCCGCCCCCGGGCCGCCGGAGGACCCCCGCGCGCGGGCAGCCCGCGCGGCCCCGGGCUCUGCCGGCGGCUCCCUGGAGGUCGUGAGGCCCAAGACGCCGGCGCAGCCCAGGAGGAGCCGCAAGCAGCGCGGGGCGAGCGCCGCGGAGGCCGCCCUCGAAGACGGCGAGGCCGCGGGGGCGGCGGCGGCCGGGGGCCUGGCCCGCGGCGGGGCCCCCGCGCCGCCGCUGCUGCCGUCGCGGCGGAGCGGAGGGCAGGAGGAGGCCGCCGAGCCGGGGGCCGGGGAGGCGGGGAGCGAGGAGGCAGGGCAGCGCGGAGGGCCCGCGCCUGGCCCUGGCGCGGACGAGGGAGCGCGCGCCGCGAGCGCUGCCCCGGAGCUCCGGGCGAGGGAGGCAGGGCCGCAGCUCCCGGGGAGGGGGACGGAGCCCGGGCCGGCGGGGGCCGCGGGCGUACGUGGCGCCGCGCCGCCGGUGCUGGCCGGAGGGCCUGCCGCUCCCCGGGGAGGCGCGUGCCGGGCCGCCGCCGGGAAGCCCCCCGAUCCCGAGGGCGCGGCGGCGCCCGGGCGGGAUGCUGCGGCGCGAGCUGGCGGGCAGCCGGCAGCCGGGACCCCCGGGGCGCCGGAGGGCUCUGCGAGGGGGAGCUCCCUCGAGGUGACCUGGCCCGAGAUGUACGACUAUCUGUUCUGUGACUCCCAAGGGGAAGAAGAAGGAAUGGGGAACCAGGUGGAGGAGGAGAAAAUACCCCUGGAAAGGGAAAUAUCUUUGCCUGAACUGUACGAAUAUUUUUUCAUUGAGCCUGAAGGAAAGAGGAAAAAAGCCAAGGGUAAAGAGAGGAAUCGAAAGAAGCUCAGAAGCUUGGACCAAGCUCGUCUGCAAAAUGAGGACCCUGGCUCAACUCCAGUCAAAGAGUCUCUAGUCAUCUCUGUCCCCGAGGUGUACGAACACUUCUUCGCUGAUGGGCCUGGGCGUGGUGGGGGCUGGAGAGGGAUUUUCCUUACCCCUUCCACCUCCGAGGUGAAGAAGGCAGUAGGGGCUUUGAAGUCGCUCCUGCAACGGCCAAUGCAUCUCGUCAGAGGCCGGGUCCCAGCUCCCCACAGUCUCGUGCAGAGAGGGUCCGGCGAGAAGCUCCCUCUCAUCCCGCUGGCACCACUGGGAAGAGGUCAGGCACAGCCCGAAGGUCUAGACAUGGCCCUUGCACUGACAGGGAGGCCUGAGGCUCCGCUGGCUCUGACCCACAAGGACAUGUGCCUCGUCUUCUGCGCCUUUGCAUCCUGGGCAGUGAAGACCUCCGAUCUGCAGGCUCCGGACGCAUGGAAGACUAUGUUCCUGGCAACUUUUGGCACGCUUUCUGCCAUUCGCUACUUCAGAAGGCAGGUCAGAGAAGGACACCACCAGACCUAGUCACAUUGCAAGAGUGAGAUGCUUCCCGAGGACGGGUGAGGAAGGUGGAGAGAGAGGCAACCGGGCCUUGUUCUUGGACAACGUGAGAAGCCUGGAUCCCAACAUCAAGUCUUCUCUGGACCCCUUUCUAAAAGGGCUAGGAUGUUACAGGAAGCAGGAUUCUUCCAGUGACAUAUUAAUUUACAUUACAGUAGGCAGUUUAUACCUGGACAGAACAGGAGCCCAGUAUGGGUUGAUUCUGUUUCUUUCUCUGUGGACUUCUCAAAUACUUGUGCUAUCUCCUAGGCGCUGCUUGUCCAUCCCCCUUGUUCAAAGUCAGCUUGUGGCAAAGGAAGAUUUAGAUAGUGGAAGAAGGGAAAGCAAAAGAAACCAGGGAGAGUGCUUUGUUUCCUGUGAAUGUUGGAGGUAUCUGUGAAGAUAGGGAAGAGAAAGCUUUGGGGAAGAGCUGUCUCUGAAGAUGGUACUAGACUAAGCACGUGUACCCUACUAGCAGGGCUGAGAAAGGGGAGGGCAUCCAAAGCGAAAUGGAGGGCAGCCUGCUUGGCAGAGUGCAGCCUCCAUGACUUGUUUGACUCGCUGCGGGAGGACUUACUCGCUUGGAUUUCAUUCCAAGAAGUCACAUUUCAGUCUAGUGGUUCUGGAGGCUGAGAUAAGGUUUCUGUGCUUGUGGCUGCCUUGGCGCUGCUGAGGCAGAGCCAUGGAUGCAGUGUCUCUUCCUGGGGGUGAGGUGCACCCACUGCAAUGACACAUCUUGCUCCUGUAGGCAGAACAGGGACAGGCAUCACACAGCCAUCGCCAGGAGAAGGAGCAGUCAAAAAGAGCCCUGGAAAAGGGCUGCGCUGUGCGGAAAGGGGCAGGCUGGGCAGCAGGGAGAGGAGCUGAGCUCAGGGAAGUUCUCAGGAAAGAGCUCUGACAAGGACUGGAGCAUGCUGGAAAAGAGGAAGCGGGAAGCAUACGUGCUUGGCUCUGACACUCACCAGGUGAAGGUUUAGGUAUACCACCUGGUCUCUCUGCUGCCUCACAUACUAGGGACAAAAAUUUGGCUGGGAGGAGAGGUAGGAUGAGGAGGUGCUUUGUCUGAGUGCAUAACCCCAAGGGGAAAGGUGCUGGCUGGCAGGGA